AUCACAAGUACAAUACAUACAUUACAUUCAAAAACCUUAAUAAUUUGAAACACACUACUGCAAACAGUAGCAGCACAAAAGCACAACUAAACUCAAACCCCAAUUCAAAUUCCUUAUCUUUUCUUGUCUGAAACUCGCUCACAUUUCACGUUCAAAUUCAAAUCUUGGUUCCAGUGGAACUCAGCGAUACAAUAUUAAUAUAUACAAGCACCAAGCAAGAGAAGGUGAUUGUAAGUAACAGCUGCACUAAGAGGAUCUGGUAAUUAACUUACAGCUAAGUCCUCAUGGCAUCGAAAUCGUUCAAGGCGAGCCGGUUAUCUAUGUCAUCAGGUGCAGAUGAGUCCAAUUCACAGCAGAAUCCUUCGAUGGCCCCCACUGUGACAUUUGGAAGGAGAACUUCAUCGGGACGCUAUGUUAGCUAUUCACGGGAUGAUCUUGAUAGUGAACUUGGGAGCGAUAGAUUCACAAACUACACUGUACAUAUACCACCAACCCCAGACAAUCAGCCGAUGGAUUCUAUUCAACAAAAGGUUGAAGAGCAGUACGUCUCAAGUUCACUAUUUACUGGUGGAUUCAAUAGUGUGACAAGGGCUCAUCUAAUGGACAAGGUGAUUGAAUCAGAAUCAAACCAUCCUCAGAUGGCUGGUUCAAAAGGAUCUUCAUGUGCUGUUCCGGGGUGUGAUGCUAAGGUAAUGAGUGAUGAGCGAGGGGUGGAUAUUCUUCCGUGUGAAUGUGAUUUUAAGAUAUGUAGGGACUGUUAUCUGGAUGCUGUAAAAAGUGGUGAUAGCAUCUGUCCCGGGUGCAAGGAACAGUAUAAGGUGACUGAUUUGAAUGAGGUUGUGGACAAUGGAAGGCCACUUCCCCUCCCACCUCCCCGGACAAUGUCAAAAAUGGAAAGGAGAUUGUCAUUGAUGAAAUCGACAAAGUCACAGCUAGUAAGGAGCCAGACAGGAGAUUUUGAUCACAAUAGGUGGCUAUUUGAAACAAGUGGAACCUAUGGGUAUGGGAAUGCUAUAUGGCCAAAGGAAGGGGGAGGGUUUGUUAAUGGAAACGGUGAAGAGGUAGCUGAACCGUCAGACUUGGUUAGUAAGCCCUGGAGGCCACUGACUCGCAAAUUAAAAAUUCCAGCUGCUAUUAUCAGUCCAUAUCGCCUUUUGGUUUUGAUUCGUAUGGUUGUUCUUGGAUUAUUCUUGCAAUGGAGGAUUGCCCACCCAAACAAUGAUGCAAUUUGGCUUUGGGGAAUGUCUAUAGUAUGUGAAUUAUGGUUUGCUUUCUCAUGGGUUCUUGAUCAGUUGCCAAAGCUCUGCCCCAUAAAUCGUUCUACAGACCUUAAAGUCUUGGAAGAGAAGUUUGAAACAUCUGGCCCAAAUAAUCCCACCGGAAAAUCAGAUCUUCCAGGCAUUGAUAUCUUUGUCUCCACUGCAGAUCCUGACAAAGAACCACCUCUUGUCACAGCAAACACCAUACUGUCUAUAUUAGCUGCUGAUUAUCCAGUCGAAAAACUUGCAUGCUAUGUUUCUGAUGAUGGGGGUGCACUUUUGACUUUCGAGGCCAUGGCAGAAGCUGCAAGUUUCGCAAACAUGUGGGUACCUUUUUGCCGCAAACAUAAUAUUGAGCCUAGAAACCCUGAAUCUUACUUCAGUUUAAAAAGGGAUCCGUACAAAAAUAAGUUGCGCACUGAUUUUGUCAAGGAUCGUAGAAGAGUAAAACGCGAGUAUGAUGAAUUUAAGGUCCGCAUUAAUGGGUUGCCAGAUUCUAUCCGCCGCAGGUCUGAUGCCUAUCAUGCUCGGGAAGAAAUCAAGGCAAUGAAGCAACAGAGACAGAAGAGGGAUGAUGAGGUUGUGGAGAGCAUCAAGAUUCCAAAAGCUACAUGGAUGGCAGAUGGAACCCAUUGGCCAGGGACAUGGUUAACCUCUUCUGCUGAACAUGGUAGAGGUGAUCAUGCUGGUAUAAUACAGGUGAUGUUGAAACCUCCUAGUGAUGAGCCAUUGCAAGGUACAUCUGAUGAUGUUGGGAUAUUUGACCUGACUGAAGUUGAUAUCCGUCUCCCCAUGCUUGUUUAUGUUUCUCGUGAGAAACGCCCUGGCUAUGAUCAUAACAAGAAAGCAGGGGCCAUGAAUGCCCUAGUUCGAGCCUCUGCAAUCAUGUCUAAUGGCCCUUUCAUUCUUAAUCUUGAUUGUGACCACUACAUCUACAACUCCCAGGCCAUGAAGGAAGGCAUGUGUUUCAUGAUGGAUAGAGGUGGGGAUCGAAUUUGUUAUGUGCAGUUUCCCCAAAGAUUUGAGGGCAUUGAUCCAUCUGAUCGUUAUGCCAAUCAUAAUACUGUUUUCUUUGAUGGCAACAUGCGGGCGCUUGAUGGACUACAAGGUCCUGUCUAUGUGGGAACUGGGUGUCUCUUCCGAAGAAUUGCUCUAUAUGGCUUUGAUCCACCUCGUGCAAAGGAACACAGCCCUGGUUGUUGCAGCUGCUGUUUUGGCCGUAAGAAGCGUUCUUCUAAUAAUUCAGAAGAGAACCGAGCUUUAAGGAUGGGUGACUCGGAUGAUGACGACAUGAAUCUCUCCUUAGCUCCUAAGCAGUUUGGGAAUUCUACUUUCCUCAUUGAUUCUAUCCCAGUAGCAGAAUUUCAAGGGCGUCCCCUUGCAGAUCAUCCUGCUGUGAAGAAUGGACGGCCACCUGGUGCUCUUACCAUUCCUCGUGAGCUUCUCGAUGCAUCCACUGUUGCAGAAGCAAUCAGUGUCAUUUCCUGCUGGUACGAGGAUAAAACUGAGUGGGGAGAGCGUGUUGGAUGGAUCUAUGGGUCUGUUACAGAAGAUGUUGUCACAGGGUAUAGAAUGCACAACAGGGGAUGGAGAUCAAUUUACUGUGUGACCAAAAGGGAUGCUUUCCGUGGGACUGCCCCAAUUAAUCUGACAGAUAGGCUACACCAGGUUCUUCGUUGGGCCACUGGCUCAGUUGAGAUAUUUUUCUCUCGUAACAAUGCUCUCCUAGCCAGCCCCAAGAUGAAGUUUUUACAAAGAAUUGCAUACCUCAAUGUUGGAAUCUACCCAUUCACCUCCAUCUUCCUUAUUGUCUACUGUUUUCUUCCUGCACUUUCCCUUUUCUCCGGCCAGUUUAUAGUUCAAACCCUCAAUGUCACUUUCCUAGUCUACCUCUUAGCCAUUACUAUCACUCUUUGUUUGCUUGCUGUGCUUGAGGUGAAGUGGUCUGGCAUUGAACUUGAAGAGUGGUGGAGGAAUGAGCAGUUUUGGUUGAUCGGAGGAACUAGUGCCCAUUUGGCUGCUGUCCUUCAAGGGCUGCUCAAAGUAGUUGCUGGAAUUGAAAUAUCUUUCACAUUGACAUCAAAAUCCUCUGGUGAUGAAGAAGACGAUGACUUUGCUGAUCUCUAUCUAGUCAAAUGGACCGCUCUCAUGAUCCCUCCUAUCACAAUUAUGAUGACUAAUUUGAUCGCCAUAGCUGUUGGGAUCAGCAGAACUAUAUACAGCACUAUACCACAAUGGAGUCGUCUACUAGGCGGGGUUUUCUUCAGUUUUUGGGUGUUGGCACAUCUCUAUCCUUUCGCCAAAGGACUAAUGGGACGAAGGGGAAGAACACCCACCAUCGUAUUCGUCUGGUCAGGGCUUAUCGCUAUCACCAUUUCACUUCUCUGGGUAGCAAUCAAUCCUCCAGAAGGAGCUAAUGAGAUUGGAGGCUCUUUCCAGUUUCCUUGAAAAGAAUGUGCUUAGAAUUCAUCUGAACUAUUUCUCAACAAGCCAGUUCUUUUUUACAUCACUGUGCUGUAGUUUUUCUGGAGCUAAAACUUUGCUCAUUGCUGUUUGAUAGCAUAGUUUAUAUCAAAGCAUUACAAACAGGACAGAGCCUCUGCUUUUAUAAGCAUUUGUUAUUUCAUUUA